UCUGGAACAACAUGUAUUUUAUGAUGUAAUAUUAACAAUUAUUUCAACUUUUCCCUCCCCCUUUAAUGGACCCUCCAACAAAACUCACACAACUGCACCAACCACCAUUCCAGGAACUAUCUGCCCAUGUGGACCAACCACCACUCCAGGAUCGACCACCACAACAGGGUCAACCACCACACCAGGAUCGACCACCACACCAGGAUCAACCACCACACCAGGAUCAACCACCACACCAGGAUCAACCGUCUGCCAAUGUGCAACUACUACUUCAGAACCAAUGACCACUCCAGAACCAACCACCACUCCAGAACCAACCACAACACAAGAUGCAACCACAACUGUAGAACCAACCACAACUGCAGAUCCAACUACCACUCAAGAACCUACCACCACUCAAGAUCCAACCACUACUCUAGAACCAACCACAACUGCAGAUUCAACAACCACUCAAGAACCAACCACCACUCAAGAACCAAACACCACUCUGGAACCAACCACCACUCCAGAACCAACAACAACUCAAGAUCCAACCACAACUGUAGAACCAACCACAACUGCAGAUCCAACUACCACUCAAGAACCUACCACUACUCAAGAUCCAACCACAACUCCAGAACCAACCACAACUGCAGAUCCAACCACCACUCAAGAACCUACCACCACUCAAGAUCCAACCACUACGCCAGAACCAACCACCACUCAAGAACCAACCACCACUCAAGAACCAACCACCACUCCGGAACCAACCACCAUUCCAGAACCAACCACCACUCCAGAACCAACCACAACUCAAGAUCCAACCACAACUGUAGAACCAACUACAACUGCAGAUCCAACUACCACUCAAGAACCUACCACCACUCAAGAUCCAACAACUCCAGAACCAACCACCACUCCAGAACCAACCACAACUCAAGAUCCAACCACAACUGUAGAACCAACCACAACAGCAGAUCCAACUACCACUCAAGAACCUACCACCACUCAAGAUCCAACGACAACUGUAGAACCAACAACAACUGCAGAUCCUACCACCACUCAAGAACCUACCACCACUCAAGAUCCAACCACAACUGUAGAACCAACCACAACUGCAGAUCCAACCACCACUCAAGAACCUACCACCACUCAAGAUCCAACCACCACUAAAGAACCAACCACCACUCCAGAACCAACCACAACUCAAGAUCCAACCACAACUCUAGAACCAACCACAACUGCUGAUCCAACUACCACUCAAGAACCUACCACCACUCAAGAUCCAACCACUACUCUAGAACCAACCACAACUGCAGAUCUAACCACAACUCAAGAUCCAACCACAACUGUAGAGCCAACCACAACUGCAGAUCCAACUACCACUCAAGAACCUACCACCACUCAAGAUCCAACCACAACUGUAGAACCAACCACAACUGCAGAUCCAACCACCACUCGAGAACCAACCACUACUCAAGAUCCAACCACUACUCUAGAACCAACCACCACUCCAGAACCUACCACCACUCAAGAUCCAACCACUACUCCAGAACCAACCACCACUCAAGAUCCAACCACAACUGUAGAACCAACCACAACUGCAGAUCCAACCACCACUCAAGAUCCUACCACCACUCCAGAACCAACCACAACUCAAGAUCCAACCACAACUGUAGAGCCAACCACAACUGCAGAUCCAACUACCACUCAAGAACCUACCACUUCUCAAGAUCCAACCACAACUGUAGAACCAACCACAACUGUAGAUCCAACCACCACUCGAGAACCAACCACCACUCAAGAUCCAACCACUACUCCAGAACCAACCACCACUCCAGAACCUACCACCACUCAAGAUCCAACCACUACUCCAGAACCAACCACCACUCAAGAACCAACUACCACUCAAGAUCAAACCACAACUGUAGAACCAACCACAACUGCAGAUCCAACCACCACUCAAGAACCAACUACCACUCCAGAACCAACUACAACUCAAGAUCCAACCACAACUGUAGAUCCAACCACAACUGUAGAACCAUCCACCACUGCAGAUUCAACCACCACUCAAGAACCUACCACCACUCAAGAUCCAACCACAACUGUAGAACCAACCACAACUGCAGAUCCAACCACCACUCAAGAACCAACCACCACUCAAGAACCAACCACAACUCAAGAUCCAACCACAACUGUAGAACCAACCACAACUGCAGAUCCAACUACCACUCAAGAACCUACCACCACUCAAGAUCCAACCACAACUGUAGAACCAACCACAACUGCAGAUCCAACCACCACUCGAGAACCAACCACUACUCAAGAUCCAACCACUACUCCAGAACCAACCACCACUCCAGAACCUACCACCACUCAAGAUCCAACCACUACUCCAGAACCAACCACCACUCAAGAACCAACCACCACUCAAGAACCCACCACCACUCCAGAACCAACCACAACUCAAGAUCCAACCACAACUGUAGAACCAACCACAACUGCAGAUCCAACUACCACUCAAGAACCUACUACCACUCAAGAUCCAACCACAACUGUAGAACCAACCACAACUGCAGAUCCAACUACCACUCAAGAACCUACCACCACUCAAGAUCCAACCACUACUCUAGAACCAACCACAACUGCAGAUCCAACCACCACUCAAGAACCUACCACCACUCAAGAUCCAACCACUACUGUAGAACCAACAACAACUGCAGAUCCAACCACCACUCAAGAACCUACCACCACUCAAGAACAAACCACCACUCCAGAACCAACCACAACUGUAGAACCAACCACAACUGCAGAUCCAACUACCACUCAAGAACCUACCACCACUCAAGAUCCAACCACAACUGUAGAACCAACCACAACUGCAGAUCCAACCACCACUCGAGAACCAACCACUACUCAAGAUCCAACCACUACUCCAGAACCAACCACCACUCCAGAACCUACCACCACUCAAGAUCCAACCACUACUCCAGAACCAACCACCACUCAAGAACCAACCACCACUCAAGAACCCACCACCACUCCAGAACCAACCACAACUCAAGAUCCAACCACAACUGUAGAACCAACCACAACUGCAGAUCCAACUACCACUCAAGAACCUACUACCACUCAAGAUCCAACCACAACUGUAGAACCAACCACAACUGCAGAUCCAACUACCACUCAAGAACCUACCACCACUCAAGAUCCAACCACUACUCUAGAACCAACCACAACUGCAGAUCCAACCACCACUCAAGAACCUACCACCACUCAAGAUCCAACCACUACUGUAGAACCAACAACAACUGCAGAUCCAACCACCACUCAAGAACCUACCACCACUCAAGAACAAACCACCACUCCAGAACCAACCACAACUGUAGAACCAACCACAACUGCAGAUCCAACUACCACUCAAGAACCUACCACCACUCAAGAUCCAACCACAACUGUAGAACCAACCACAACUGCAGAUCCAACCACCACUCGAGAACCUACCACCACUCGAGAGCCUACCACCACUCAAGAUCCAACCACUACUCCAGAACCAACAACCACUCCAGAACCAACCACCACUCAAGAACCGAUUACCACUCAAGAACCAACCACAACUGUAGAACCAACCACAACUCAAGAUCCAACCACAACUGUAGAACCAACCACAACUGCAGAUCCAACUACCACUCAAGAACCUACCACCACUCAAGAUCCAACCACAACUGUAGAACCAACCACAACUGCAGAUCCAACCACCACUCGUGAACCUACCACCACUCAAGAUCCAACCACUACUCCAGAACCUACCACCACUCAAGAACCAACCACCACUCAAGAACCAACUACCACUCAAGAAACAACCACCACUCCAGAACCAACCACAACUCAAGAUCCAACCACAACUGUAGAACCAACCACAACUGCAGAUCCAACCACCACUCAAGAACCUACCACCACUCAAGAUCCAACCACUACUCCAGAACCAACCACUACUUUAGAACCAACCACCACUCAAGAACCAACCACAACCCAAGAACCAACCACCACUCCAGAACCAACCACAACUCAAGAUCCAACCACAACUGUAGAACCAACCACAACUGCAGAUCCAACUACCACUCAAGAUCCAACCACCACUCAAGAUCCAACCACAACUGUAGAACCAACCACAACUGCAGAUCCAACCACCACUCAAGAACCAACCACCACUCAAGAUCCAACCACCACUCCAGAACCAACCACCACUCAAGAACCAACCACCACUCAAGACAACCACAACUGUAGAACCAACUACAACUGCAGACCCAACUACCACUCAAGACCGUACCACCCUCAAGAUCCAACCACUACUCUAGAACCAACCACAACUGCAGAUCCAACCACCACUCAAGAACCUUCCACUACUCAAGAUCCAACCACUACUCCAGAACCAACCACCACUCUAGAACCAACCACCACUCAAGAACCAACCACCACUCCGGAACCAACCACCACUCCAGAACCAACCACAACUCAAGAUCCAACCACAACUGUAGAACCAACCACAACUGCAGAUCCAACUACCACUCAAGAACCUACCACCACUCAAGAUCCAACCACAACUGUAGAACCAACCACAACUGCAGAUCCAACCACUACUCAAGGACCAACCACCACUCAAGAUCCAACCACCACUCCCGAACCAACCACCACUCAAGAACCAACCACCACUCAAGAACCAACCACAACUGUAGAACCAACCACAACUGCAGAUCCAACUACCACUCAAGAACCUACCACCACUCAAGAUCCAACCACUACUCUAGAACCAACCACAACUGCAGAUCCAACCACCACUCCAGAACCUACCACCACUCAAGAUCCAACCACCACUCAAGAACCAACCACAACUGUAGAACCAACCACAACUGCAGAUCCAACUACCAUUCAAGAACCUACCACCACUCAAGAUCCAACCACUACUCUAGAACCAACCACAACUGCAGAUCCAACCACCACUCAAGAACCUACCACCACUCAAGAUCCUACCACUACUCCAGAACCAACCACCACUCAAGAACCAACUACCACUCAAGAACCUACCACCACUCCAGAACCAACCACAACUCAAGAUCCAACCACAACUGUAGAACCAAGCACAACUGCAGAUCCAACCACCACUCGUGAACCUACCACCACUCCAGAUCCAACCACUACUCCAGAACUUACCACCACUCAAGAACUAACCACCACUCAAGAACCUACCACCACUCAAGAACCAACUUCCACUCAAGAAACAACCACCACUCCAGAACCAACCACAACUCAAGAUCCAACCACAACUGUAGAACCAACCACAACUGCAGAUCCAACCACCACUCAAGAACCUACCACCACUCAAGAUUCAACCACUACUCCAGAACCAACCACCACUCUAGAACCAACCACCACUCAAGAACCAACCACAACUCAAGAACCAACCACCACUCCAGAACCAACCACAACUCAAGAUCUAACCACAACUGUAGAACCAACCACAACUGCAGAUCUAACUACCACUCAAGUUCCAACCACCACUCAAGAACCAACCACAACUCAAGAACCAACCACCACUCCAGAACCAACCACAACUCAAGAUCCAACCACAACUGUAGAACCAACCACAACUGCAGAUCCAACUACCACUCAAGUUCCAACCACCACUCAAGAUCCAACCACAACUGUAGAACCAACCACAACUGCAGAUCCAACCACCACUCAAGAACCAACCACCACUCAAGAUCCAACCACCACUCCAGAACCAACCACCACUCAAGAACCAACCACCACUCAAGAACCAACCACCACUCCAGAACCAACCACCACUCCAGAACCAACCACAACUCAAGUUCCAACCACCACUCUAGAACCAACAAUAACUCAAGAUCCAACCACUACUCUAGAACCAACUACCACUCCAGAACCAACCACCACUCCAGGACGCACCACAUGUGCACCACCAACUGUCAAUGUGCCGACUGUUGGUCCGCAGUGUUUACCAGUUGGAGCAGUUACACUUGUUGUGACUUGGACCACUGUAACUGCCACCGAUGAUGGGGGUGGAAGCAUCACUUGUACUGAUUCUGGGGAUGGAACUGGAGUGACGACCACUGGUGGCACCUUUGGGGCAGGAUCACACACAAUCACGUGCGGUGCAACCAACUCCGAGGGAUGCUAUGGCUCCAAUAGCUUCACAUUUCUUGUAUCAGCAACACCAAUUGUGAAUGUGCCAAUGGUGAGUUCCAUGUGUGCAGAUGUUGGUGCAUCUACAGCCUCUGUAACUUGGCCUAUCGUAACUGCCACCAAUGCUGCGGGAGGGAGCACCACUUGCAGUGAUUCUGGAGAUGGAACCGGUGUGACAACCACUGGUGGUACCUUUGGAGUAGGAUCGCACACAGUCACAUGCACCGUAACUAAUUCUGGCAGUUGCACAGGCUCCAAUAGCUUCACGUUUGUUGUAGCAGCUUCCCCGUCUCUGACUGUGCCCACGGUGGGUCCACAGUGCACCGAUGAAGGUUCUGCUACAGUAACUGUGACUUGGGCCGCUGUGACUGCCACCGAUGCUGUGGGUGCAAGCAUCACUUGUACUGAUUCUGGAGGCGGAACUGCAGUGACGAUCUCUGGUGGAACCUUUGGAGUAGGAUCACACACAAUCACGUGCAGCGUUACCAAUUCCGAUGGAUGCCCAGGCUCAAAAAGCUUCACAUUUGUUGUAUCAGCGUCACCAUCAAUUUCAGUGCCCGUGGGCCCUGUUCUCUGCACCGAUCAGCCGACAGUUACCGUGACAUGGAGUUCAGUAACUGCCACCAACACCGAUGGUCAAACCAUUCAGUGUACAUCGGGUGCUUUGUCUGUGUUUCUGGUUGGAGGUACCUUCCCGGUAGGAAGUCACACCGUAACCUGCACAGUGACAAAUAACGGUGGUUGCAUGGCAUCAAAAAGCUUUGCAGUUGGUGUUGCAGCAUCUCCAUCGCUAAUAGUGCCCAAUGUGGACGACCAGUGCACUGAUUUCGGCGUAGCUACUGCCACUGUGAGCUGGCCUGCAGUAUCUGACACCAACCUGGGUGGACAAGCCAUCUCAUGCAGUGAAGGAGUAGUUGUAGUGCCUCUCAGUGGCGGUAUCGCCUUUUCUGUCGGUUUUCACACCGUGACCUGUCAGGUCACCAUCAAUGGUUGUGAAGAUUUGAAAAGCUUCUCGUUCACUGUCCGACAAUCACCGAUUCUUAACCUGCCAACCGUAGCUGAUCGUUGUGCGGUCCCGUGGUGGGUGUAUGCCCAGGUGUCAUGGCCCCAAGUGACCGCCAUGCACAGCGACAACAACCCAAUCGUCUGUAUAGCGUGGGGAAUCUCCAUGCCGCUCACAGGGGGUUGGUGGUACUUGCAGUACUAUACACACGUCCACACCUGCGUUGUCACCAAUAAUGCUGGUUGCACGGCAGUAGGAGCCUUCGAUUUCUAUGUAUUCGCACAGCCACGCAUAACGGUGCCAUCGGUUGCUAACCAGUGUACCCUGCCUGGACAGAAUGAUGUCGUAGUUUCGUGGCCUGCAGUGACUGGCAGAUACUUGGAUGGCCAAUCCAUCAGUUGUACUGAUCAGAACGGAGAUGCUGUGCCUCUGAGCGGAGGCAUCUCUUUUGGAUUUGGAUCUCACACAGUGACCUGCGGUGUUACGGUUGAAAUCUGCAGCACAUCAAGGAGCUUCUCAUUCAGUGUCUAUGAGGGCAAUUUUGUUCCCUUUGGAGUCGCAGUUGGAGAUAGUCGCCUUUCGGAGGAAACACAACCAUCAUCGCUGUCCUCUAGCAAAGAUAUGAUCUCACGAACCAUCAGCCCGCCAAAUUUCUUUCCUUUCUGCAAUGAGCUGCAUGAGAAAAUCUAUUUCACAGAUAAUGGCGUCAUUGUCUUUUCCAACGAGCAAAGUCUAUAUAAACGCAGUUACCCAAGUACCACAAAAACAUUCUUCAGUGGCCCAACAAAAAUGGUAGCUGCCUUUUGGGCAGACGUCAACAGCAGAAGGUUUUCUCAGACAAGGGAUGUCUUCUUUCAGGUAUAUGAUGACAGUAGUUCCACCAUGUUGUCUACGUUGAGUGGCAUCGUCACUGCCCAGUAUAACUGCAGCUUCACUGCAGCCUGGGCCCUAGUCAUCACAUGGCGCUAUGUAGAAGCCCUCUCACCCGAUAAAAGUACCAACUCUUUCCAAGCUGUGCUUGUGACAGAUUACACUCAUGGCUAUGUUAUCUUCAACUACGAGCGCUGCGGCAUGAACUGGAACAAAGACCUUCUGCCUAACGACAACGUCAUCCAGGGCUUCACCUGCGGACAACCUGGCACUGAAUUCUACCUGGACAUACCGAGUGCCUUGCGUUUCCGACCAGGAAAUAUGGUUGGGAAUACCGGGAUAUACGGGCGCUGGGUCCAGCGACUGGACAGCCUGUCCGACGAUUUUGUCAAUCCCCGCUUGUUCUGUCGGAACUGGUACAGUGAGCAGGUUGUUGAUAAUUUUAUCCUUUCCUACUGGUUUGCGACUGCUCACACUUGUCCAUGCAGUUGGUUCCAGGCAAGUGCGGACCCAAGAUGGGCAUACAUCGGUUACAGUUAUUUCCUCCCAGAUUCAGGAAGCAGCACAUCAGUCGCUGCUGUUUGCUAUGUCCGGACGUUUCAGUUUCCUAAUACCCCGGGCCCGCUAUGCUGCUACAGCACACAAACAUGGAGUCUUCUCCGGGGCGUCAGGAAUGCAAUAGUUGCUUCUGUCUUUGAGCAUUAUCCAGUCAGUCCCUUGUUUUACACACCUAGUCUGUUUAACCAGUGGUUUGAUAAGGAAGUACUGCCUCGGUAUUACUGCUGUUCAGCUUCUACACUCUGUAACCUCUACAAUUACUACAGACCGGCCAUGAGUUGCUGGAGAUAUCAACCACCAUUUUGGUUCUGGUUCUGGGGAGACCCCCACAUCAAAACCCUGGAUGGAGUUGAGUACACCUUCAAUGGUCUUGGUGAAUACACAGUAGCACUAAUCCAAGACGACAACGGAGGGAUAAUCUUUGAACUGCAAGGCCGGACGCAGCGAGCUACCAAUGUAGAAACUGGUCAACUAACGGAUGCAACAUUCUAUUCUGGGUUUGCUGCAGAGUAUCCAGGAGAAGGGAGGGUUGAAGUGAAAUUAAACAAAAGAGAGAACGCUGAUGGUCUGAUUACAACUGUCAACGGAGACGUUGUCACGCCUACAACAGCAGGAUUGCUAAUUGGCAAUGUGACUGUCAAAAGGGAUGCGUCAACUAACAAAGUAGUCACCAUGUUCCCUGGCGAUAUUCAGUUUACAGUAGGAGUAAACAACAGCAUUGGAGACAUCACUGUCCAGUUUGGGCAAACAUAUCGAGGAAAAACCAAAGGAUUACUAGGUGUUUGGGAUGGCGACCAGAGCAAUGAUGCAACCAGACGUGAUGAUACUAUACAACCAGCCACCGGUGACAACGGAGAGAUGAUUGAAAGUGACUUCUAUACAUUUGGUGAAACCUGGCGUAUCACUGAAGCGAAUUCUCUCUUCUAUUAUGUGGGUGAUGAGACUUAUGCAUUAUCAAACGAACACUCCUUCGUGCCAAGUUUCUAUGAAGAUCUUGUAGCAGCUGCAACUCCGGAAAAACUUGCAAGGGCUCAAGAGUUGUGCGGAGACAACAAGAUGUGUUUGUUUGACACACUGGCGACCGACGAUGAAAGCAUCGGACAGUCUACAGUGAUGCUGAAUGAAAUGAACUCUGCAAGCGAAAGUGCAGCAACCAACUUUCCACCAAACAUAACCGCUUCGGAUACCUUCAGGGUGAUGGUGGGAGUGCAAUUCACAGAACAACUGGAAGCCGUGGAUCCUGAUGGAGACGAUGUUACAUUUGCAUUGGUUGAGCCAAUCGAAGGUGCAUCCAUCACCGAAGACGGUGGUCUCUUCACAUGGACACCAGCGGACAAGUCAAAGGUCAUGGUUGGUUUCCUAGCAACAGAUGGCAAGGCUAAUGCAACUCACGAACCAACCGUACAGCUCUGUGACUGCAUGAACGGUGGCACGUGCCUGUGGGAUGAGUUUGUGAUGGGCACGGAUGUUGUCGAAGACCGUUUUGGGGUGGUGCUAUGCGAGUGUGAUCCUGGCUGGAGUGGUGAGUUCUGUGAAGUCGAUUUCGACGCAUGUGAGGACGGCCCCUGCUUCAUGGGCGUGGCUUGUUUCGAUGAAGUACCACCGUCGUUGAACAACACCUGUGGACCUUGUCCUGAAGGACUUGAGGGUGACGGCAGGUUCUGUCAGGAUAUUGACGAGUGUGAGCUGUACCAAGACGAGCCAGCCAGCAGCGGUGGACAAGGCUGCGAUCAGAUCUGCAACAACAUCCUCAUGGACUACAACUGCAGCUGCGAAUCUGGCUACUCCUUGUACAUUGACAACAGGCGAUGCAUUGAUAUCGACGAAUGCGAACUGGACCUGCACAACUGUAGCGUCAACGCUGUGUGUAACAACACCCAGGGCAGCUACGAGUGUGACUGUAAACCAGGCUUCAGGGACGACUUUAUGGAUGGAACGUCGUGUACAGACCUCUUGGAAUGCAUGGACAAUAGUACCUAUACUUGCGACGAGAAAGCUAACUGUGAAAACACCAUAGGCUCGUACAUGUGUGUGUGCAUUGCAGGAUAUGAAGGUGAUGGCAAGACAUGUCAAGAUCUGAAUGAAUGCACACGGAACCUGGAUGAUAACUGUCACGCUGAAGCCGAUUGCACAAACACCGUGGGGUCAUACACGUGUGCGUGUGGGGAUGGCUGGACUGGCGACGGCACCAACUGCACCAAUAUAAACGAAUGUGCCGCAUCGUUGCCAGUCUGUCAUGAGAACGCUGAGUGUACGGACACUCAAGGCAGCUUUAUAUGCCAGUGCAACACUGGUUAUGUUGGCAACGGAAUAAUGUGUGCGGAUUUGAAUGAGUGUACCACGGGCCAGGACGAUUGUUUGGCCGUUACUGGUGAUUGCAGCAACACAGUUGGUAGCUUUGACUGCAGCUGUAAGGAUGGAUAUACUGGAGACGGUCGGACUAACUGUACAGAUAUCGAUGAGUGUCAGGGAAGCAAUGAUUGUUCUGCGAACGCUAAUUGCACCAACACGGUUGGCAGCUAUCAGUGUGACUGUGUGACUGGAUACACAGGGGACGGACAGACCUGUACAGACAUUGACGAAUGCACUCUUGGUCUAGACGACUGCCAGCAAGAGUGCUCCAACACCGAGGGAUUAUUUACUUGUAAUUGCAGCGCUGGUUUUAUCCUCCAAGAAGGAGUUUGUCGAGCUGGAAUGAUGUGUUUGAAUACAAAUUGCACCCAGGGUGACUGCUACAGAGCCAGCAAUGCAGACAUGUGCCGCUGCUACUCAGGAUAUGCAGCCGAUGGUGAUCUCACUGUCUGUGAAGAUAUUGAUGAGUGUACAAGCCAGAGUGAUCCUCAUAUGUGUGGUGCCAACUCCAUGUGUGAUAACCUGGACGGCAGUUAUGAGUGUAGUUGUUAUCCCGGCUACACUCUCAAUAGUGACCAACGGACCUGUUCAGAUGUGAACGAAUGCCAGGCUGGUACUGAUAACUGCGACGCUAUGAGCCAGAUGUGCGUCAACGAUGAACCCUACUUCACUUGUGACUGCCAGUCUGGCUUCAGCAGCGAAUUUUUCAACGGAUCCUGCUCAGACAUUAACGAAUGUUUGAACGACACCUUGAAUGAUUGCCACAUCGACGCUGACUGCCUGAACAAUAACGGUUCCUUCACCUGCCAAUGCAAAGACGGAUUCACUGGCACAGGACAGCUAUGCUUUGAUAUUGAUGAAUGUUCCUUGCCCACCAACGACCCGAACUACGCCAACUGCAGUCCCUUCGCAUCGUGCACCAACCUGGCGGGCUCAUUCCAAUGCAACUGCACCACGGGAUACGAAGGGGACGGGCAAACUUGCCAAAAUGUCGACGAGUGUGAGAGUGGGAUCCCCGUGUGCGCUACCAACAGUACCUGCACGGACAACCCAGGCAGUUAUCUCUGCACGUGCGACGAUGGUUUCCGUGGUGAUGGCUUCACCUCGUGCGUCAACAUCAAUGAGUGUCAGGAGAACCCUGGCGUGUGUCACUCCUUAGCGACGUGUACAGACACCGAGGGGAGCUAUCGCUGCGACUGUAACCAGGGUUACCAAGGAAAUGGAACAUAUUGUGAAGAUGUAAAUGAAUGCAUGACCGGUACCGAUGAGUGUGCAGCCAACAUUGCCGAGUGUACGAACAAUGUCGGUAGCUACAUGUGUUCCUGCAUAGGUGGUUAUGUCUCUGCAGGCUUCCCAGCUGGCAGACAGUGCGAUGAUGUUGAUGAGUGUGCUUUGAAUACUGACACCUGCGAAACAUCAACCUCUCAAUGUAACAACACUAUUGGUAGCUACGUGUGUGAUUGCUUGGAGGGGUAUGAAGAGAAUGUAUUGGGCCAAUGUGAAGAUGUGAACGAAUGUAUUGGUACUCCAUGUACGAUGAUCAACUCAAUGUGCGCUAAUCUGCCGGGAACAUUUGAGUGCAACUGCAUGCUGGGAUUCUAUCAACAAGGCGCAACAUGUCAGGCGGCUUAUUCAAAAGCGUCAUCCGCCGUGUUUGAAAUCAUCAGUGGCUUGGCUGUGGGCGGUGCUGGAUUUGAUCUGGCAACAGGCUCCGUCACCUACCGCCAAGAUUUGAAGAAUUCGAUGGAGGCAGCUUUCAUAGCUUCCUCACUGACUAGCUCCUUCAGGGAUGUGGUCAUCACAAACUUGACGCUCAACUCAGACUCAUCAACAGCUCUGCUGGAGUUGGUCAUCAACUUCGACAGUGGCUCUGGACACUCGGAUCUGGACAUCAUCAUGGCAUUGCUUGGCCAGGUGACGGGUGGCAAUGGGGGUCAGCUGGCUCCCAACCACCAGCUGAUCAGACGGACAUUCAUCAUCGGCGACCCCAAGUGUGAUGCGGCGCCAUGCGUGAACAGUGGUGAGUGUGUUGAAGACAACUUGGCCACGGGAGGAUACACGUGCAGCUGCCCGCCGGGCUACAGCGGACAAAACUGCCAAGUUGCACCUUGUGACGUCAACCCUUGUAUGAAUAGUGGGAAUUGCGCAGUUGACUCGACAUCGGACACUGGAUACACCUGUAGUUGUGGUCAGGGGUUCAGUGGCCCUCAGUGCGAAACAAUAGCACCUUGUCAAAUGGGCAACGACUGCGUAAACGGAGCAACAUGCAACAACGCUCUGAACAACCCUCGUGGGUACACCUGCAGCUGUGACGUAGGAUAUAUGGGAGAAAACUGUGAAAUAGAGUGUACGCUUUCAUGUGCGAAUAGCGGAGAACUUGAUCUUGCAGCAUGCACGUGUGCAUGCACCGACAACUGGAGCGGACUGAGCUGUAACGAUUGCGCAUUGGACUGCAUGAAUGGUGGUAAUGUGAAUCAGGCGACAUGCCAGUGCACAUGCAUAAACGAUUGGAGUGGAACGACCUGUACUGAGUGCAGCUUAAGUACCUGUCCGCCAGGAGAGAAUCUGUUCACCAGUACUUGUCAAUGUUCAGCUUGCUCAUCCACCUGUCUCAAUAAUGGAGUGCAGGAUCAGACAACUUGUGAGUGUACAUGUGACAGUGACCAGAACUGGACAGGGAAUAACUGCUCAGUAUGUCCGUUAGUAUGCGCAAAUGGUGCACAGCUGAAUAGUCAGACCUGUGAAUGUCCAUGCACAGGUAACUGGAUGGGAACAACAUGCUCUGAUUGCCAACUGAUCUGUGCAAAUGCUGGGAAUCUCGAUAGUGAGACAUGUCAGUGUUCAUGUACAGGUAGCUGGACUGGAACCACCUGUUCUGACUGUCAAAUUUCCUGUGCAAAUGGAGGUACACCGAAUGACGGAACGUGUCAGUGUCAAUGCGACCAAAACUGGAUGGGAAAUACCUGCACUGACUGCAACUUGACUUGCAUGAAUGGCGGAACGCUCAACACUGCUACUUGCCAGUGUUCGUGUGCACAGAGCUGGACUGGAGCUGACUGUUCAGCGUGCCCGCUGUCUGCAUCUAGUUGCCUGAAUGGAGGUGAAUUCGACUCAGACUUUUGUGAGUGUCGAUGUCCGUACGCCUUUGCUGGACCAACUUGUGCAGCUGCCAAUCCAUGUUUGUCAGACACCUCUCUGUGCCCAAAUGCUGCAGGGAAGUUCUGUCAACCGGCUACGAAUGCCGCGGGCUACACAUGCGAAUGCAAUGGUUAUCAAGGGUUCUUCACUAACAGUGAUGGUUCAUGUACACAACGAGGGUCCGCACUCCGAUUUGUCAUGUCAUUAGACCUGCCUUUCCUCAGUGCCUACCGUAACCCAGCAGCUGCUGCUUGGAAACAACUUGCCAGAAGGGUUAUUUCAGCGAUUCUGAGCAAACUGCGGGGAGAUAGUUUGACUAACCGUGUGAUUGCCGUACAAGUUUUGAGAUUUGAGAGUGGCAGUGUGGUUACACAUAUUGCGCUAGCAUUCCAAGGGCAACAACCAUCGGUGGAUGUCAUCACCAAUGUGAUUGCAGCGGGUGGCACAAUAAACGAUGGUGUUACAGACAUAACUCUUGUCCCGAACUCUGUCAGCUACACAAACACAUCACUGUUAUCAGACUGCACACAAGAUGGUUGUAUGAAUGGCGGAACGUGCGAGAGGACAGGCUUCAACCCUCAGCUAACCUGCAGUUGCCCAGCGUCAUUUACUGGCGAGCAGUGCGAGACUCCAGUACCCACUUCACUACCAGACACGACAGCCCCAGAGACUACGGCAGCCCCAGGAGGUGGUGUUUCACCUUUAGCUACAGUUCUCAUCAUAGUCGGAUGUGUUGUUCUCCUGUUGGCGAUAGCAGGAAUAGCCAUGUGUUUCUGCAUGCUCAUGAGGCGUCAAAACCAUAUUAAGGCUCAAUACUACCAUCAGUCAAGUAGACAGUUCCGAUCUAGUAGGGAACCCUUCGAUUUUGGAGAUCGCAGCGUGUCCUCUGACGAAGGCUACAGUGCAACCGACUACAGGGAGGAAGAAAGGAGGAUGAAUCGUCUCGCUCAUGUCAUGAGCCAGUCACCUUACAUACAGUCUAUGCAGAAUCGCCAAGACUUCAUCCGACCAUACGUGGUGACUGGGAACGAGGCAUUGGAACGUUACCGAGAAAACGAAGCGCGUGAUGGAAGGGCUCAUGCAGGCCGUACGGUGUACAAUCCCGCCCUCUACUACUAAACCUCGUCACUGGUCACAGCUUCCAUAGCUGUAGAUGCAGCUCUGGACAAAAUGCCCAUGGGAUAAGUAGACUGAACGACUAAGCGAAGGCUUGCAGCUUUACCACGAUUACCAGUUCCACAGUUAUCCAAGUUCUUGUGUGGAAUGAAUCCUCACACAUACUGCAUUCACCCAAUUUGGUACCGUGUCUCUCCCCAUCUUAUUCUUGAUUUGAGGUGUUUCUUGGUUCUUGUAGGAGAAGACAAAGCAAACACCCAUUUUCAAAACUAACCUCUUAAAAACUAUCUCAGUUGAAACUUUGUUUGAAUCCAGUGAAGCAUGCUUGUUUUAUACCCUUUUUUUCCAUGAUUUUAAUUUCAUACACUUAUCCCCACCGGAGGGGGGCAUUUACUGAUGUUAAAUAAAACUGAACAUAUCUUACUUUGUGGUUGGCUUCAUUACUAUUACAUAAAGAUAAAAUACAUUCUGUGUUAAUAUGAUCUGAAAUGUCUCAUCCCCCUUAUCAUCAUGGCCUAGCCUCACACACUACCGCACAUGUAUUCCAUAUUGUUUUGUGGGUAACCCAUUGAACUUUCACACAGUCUUGGAUGGAACUGUUAAGUGAUUGUGGUAAAGCAGCUAUUAUUUUAGUUCUUUGUUUAUUCAUUGGUGUAUUUAAUCCAUAAUAGGGUUACGAGGUAAAUAAAUGUAUGUCUUUUAUUUUUAGAUAUAAAACAGUUCUUAGGCUGUUUUUACAAGAUAUAUGCUGCUGUGUAUUUUGAUCAGCUGUUAGUAACAACAUUUUAUAAUCUAUUUUUUAUUGUAUUAUAUUAGUGAGCGGAUGGAAAAAUAAAUGCUCUGUGUGUUAAAGAAAGAGUGUUGUUGAAAGAGUGUAUGGAGCCAACACUCCUUUUGUGUCUUGAAAGUAAUGUUCCUGUCGAAUCUAGAACAUUCGAAACAGUUUAUAUAAUCGCCGGCUUAACAUUGCAGCUGCGUUUUGAAUUACCAUCCGUUGUAUUUUAUCAAGGCAUAGAAACUUUGUAAACUUUUUGUGCACAAUCUAUUGUAAUAGGCCUAACUCAGAGUAAUGACAUAAAUGGCAACAGUUACACCUAGACCUCCAAGGGAGAACAGUUCCUAGACAUCCGGUGGGGCUACCCAGGUAAAACAAAACAAUUAAUUAACACCGUCAUGUUUUAUCCUUAGCUUAGCUUAAGCAGGCCCUAUCAACAUUUUUCAUUCAGAAGUUUACAGUAUCAUAUCAUUUUAUGUCAGUCUGUCCAAAUCAAAGUUUAUGAAACUUAUUUUCUUAGCAGCGUUUUAUGACUUAAUAGUGGUGGCCUAAUUAAUUCAAAAUAUAUAUUUUUGUCUUCCUGAAGUUGUAUUUACGAAUUGUUGACAGUUUUUAAAGUAUAGUUUUGUAUCAAUUUGAAAUAUUAAUUGGAGUUUCUCUGAAAUAAACCUAUCGCGGUAGGAUCGCAUCAACGAA